AAAAAUGGUUAAAGAUAAUAUCCACCUCACAUUUCUUGUCAUUCCUACUGGCGCAUUUUUUGGAUAUCGAAGUACGCCGAAUGGAAUUUCUAUUUCUAAGAAUGAAUCUGUCAACGCAUUACGUACUAAAAUCUGGGAUUAUUACUUCAACGAGUACGGAAAUGUUUCUUUUAAUCUUCGUGCGGUCAAUAUUGAACGUAGAGAAUAUGUGUAUAUGGAACCUGAAAAAAAAAUCAGCGAUUAUUUCGAUAAAAGUCCUGCCGAAAUCUCGAUUCAUAUUCUCAUAGAAGAAGCGUAG